UCGACUAUAUAUAUACACACAUGAUCAGGCACAUCAUCGGCAAUUCAAGUCUUCACCUUCCCAAGAAUCAAGGCUUUAUCUGUUUUCCUAGUCCUUUAAAUUCUGUUUCUUGUUCUUCAUCCUCUUGAGAAUAUAAAAGUCAUGGGUUUCCGGUUGCCUGGAAUUGUUAAUGCCAAGAGAAGUCUCAUUCGAUCUCUAUCUAGUUCAAGCCGGACAGCUGAAUCAAAGACCUUGGAUAUCCCAAAAGGCUAUUUUGCAGUCUAUGUUGGAAAGAGCCAGAAGAAGCGGUUUGUGAUUCCAGUAUCAUAUUUGAAUGAACCUUUGUUUCUGGAUUUGCUGAGUCAAGCUGAAGAAGAAUUUGGAUAUGAUCAUCCCAUGGGUGCUAUCACAAUCCCCUGCAGUGAAGACACUUUCCUUCAUCUCACUUCCUGCUUAAGUGUGUGAAUGUAAGCAAAUGGAUCAAAACCAUCCAAACCAUCCUCAUUGAAGAACUCACUGAGUCGAGCUGAAGAAGAAAAUUUGGAUAUGAUCAUAUCCAAAGCAUCCUCAUUUCAGAACUCAUCACUGAGUUAGGAUGAAGAAGAGGCCAGAGUUGAUCAUUCAUUGAAUCGACUCAAACCUUUUGCAAUCCUAAAGCUGCUUGGAUAUGAGCAGAAACGUAGAAAUUUUGAAGCAUACAAAUGAUGAUAUCAUGUUUUGAACUUAAAGGCAGUCAAAUUCUGUCUUUUAACCCUAUGUAAUCUUCUUGGUUGCUCUCCAGGAAUAUAUGGUGACAUAUAAUAUACUUGAAAUCCUUAUCCAUCCACGUCUUAUACUUAAUUACUUUGUUAUCUUCUUGUAGCUCUGUUAUAUAGUGAAUCACCAAAUGGAAGCAGAUUUGCACAAGAAUUGAAGUAUAUAAUUCGUUUGUUUUAUAAGUAGUGGCUCAGAAUGAA